GUUUCUGGAGUAAACUUUGUGUGUAUAGUGGUACUUUGCGUACAGCUCGAGUUCCGGCUCCCGGGAAGUAACGAUCCUUGGACACAAUGGGGAUGAAGGUGUCGGGAGUGCGGAUGCCAACGAUAGUGUGCCAACUACUGUUGGGAUGUGUUUUGGUAGUGCAGGGAACGAUCGUUGGCCGGCUAACGGACGAUGUUGAGUUUAUCGAUCCGACCAUCGGGAUCGGACCGGGUGGAACCGCCAGUGGUAUCCCGUUGGGGCCGAGAGGCUUUCGAGGAUUCGAAAUACUGCCCAGACCGGAACCAUCGUGGAAGGCGGGCGCAACACUGGUGGCGGAUAAUCCGGAGCAACAGAUCAUGGGAACGAUCUCCUUCCGCCAGUGGGCCCCGGGACACGUCGAAACGGCCAUUAACGUAACCGGCGUGCCGGUCGGGAAGCACGCCGUUCACGUGCACGCGUUCGGUGAUAUGCGCGAGGGCUGCAAGUCCACGGGGCCUCAUUUCCGUAGCAGUAUUAUUGGCAACAUCGACGUGAAGGAUGACGGUAACGCGGUGAUCGAUUUCCACAGCCCGUACAUCAAUCUGUUCGGUUUCGCCGGCAUCGUCGGACGCUCGAUCGUGAUCCACGAAAAACCGUCCGAGAUCUACCGGUUUCCGGACCUGUCCAUCAACAACCCGGUAUCGUUCCAGGGCGAAGAGGACACGGUUGGGGGACGCAUCGCUUGCGGUAUCAUCACCAUCCUCGAUAACGUUGCGCCGUAGAACGUGCCGGCGAAGCUUGGCAAGGAAAUAAAA